AAUCUAUAUAAAGUGUUCGACAUAAGCAUAUAAAAAAUCAGCUAUACAAUGGAUCAAAUAUUCAACUGCCAGUGAUGUGUGAAUGUAAAAUUACGUAUAAAGUGGUCUAACUAAAAGACAGGUGAAGAAUUCUAUUGUAUUCACGGCGAUGGUGGCGCCACGGGCCGAUGGUGUAGCGGCAAUUGGAUGUACUUUCCAGUAUCCUACGGACGACGCCGACAGCCGGCCGACAUUGUACAGGAGGGGAAGUAGGAACUGCAAACCAAUGAAACGGGCUGCAUCCAGUGAUCUGGAGGCACUGGAUCUCUCACGGACACCAUCACUGUCAGCUGCAGUUCGUGCUGGCAAUGUUGACGCCGUCCAUAAACUGCUUGCAGAAGGACAGAGGGCAGAUUCUGUCAAUGACCGUGGCUGGACACCAUUGCAUGAGGCAGCUGCAGCAGGACAUGUUGCAUGUGCUGUACUGCUGCUGAGUCAUGAUGGAGAAAUUAAGGAUUUAAGAACUGAUGAAGGAGAAACACCACUUUUCUUGUCUGUUAAUGCAGGUUCUAGACUGGAUGUAAUGAAACUUCUUUUGAACCACUCAGCAAAUGUGAAUCUUGGCAACAAUAGUAUGUGGACACCAUUACAUAGAGCUUGUGAGCUUAAUUCAGUAGCCUGUGCGCAAAUGCUUUUAGAAUCUGGUGCAGAUGUCAAUGCUGCAGAUGUCCUUCAUAACCGACCUAUUCAUGAAGCCAUCUACAAAAGGUCUGUGGAAAUGGUAGAUUUGUUACUGAGAUAUGAGGCGGACCUGCGAGUGAGGGGUACAAAUGGUCACACCCCUCUCAUGAGUGCUGCUUGCAUUGGCUUUCAUGAGGUCAUUAAGAAACUGGAUAAGCCUGAAUUAUGUAUUGUAAAUGAGAGGGAAUUCUCAGGAGAAACAGCACUGAUGAUGGCCGUUCAAGACGGCUGUUUAGAGACAACCAGUAUCCUUCUUGAGAUGGGUGCAGAUGCAAACAUCAGUUUUGAGGAUGAUGGUAUUGAUAUAGCAGCACUGCAUUUGGCUGCAUGGGGUAAUGAACCAAGAUUGGUUGAAUGUCUGAUAAAUGUGACAGAUAUGGGAAAGAUUGCCGAGUGCAGAAAUAGUAGUCCUAUAAUAUACGCAAUCAGGAGCAUGCAACUACAAUCAGUUGAAAUGCUGUUGGAGUGGUGUCCAUUUUUUUUACUGAAGACAAUUAGAUGCAGAAGUGAGAUCCUUUCAGAAGAUUACAGUGCCAUUGGUCCUGCUCCAUACCUUCUCUACUACAGGGCUGAGCAAGCAGAAGCAUUGCCUGCACUGGAACUGCUCCUUAAAUAUGGGUGUUCAGUAAAUGCCUCCUACCAUUUUGAAGUUCCACCAUUAGCAGCCAUUACAGCUUCAGCAGCAUGUAAAGAAGUAAAGGAAAAAUUCAUUCAGUUUCUUGUAGACCAAGGUGCUGAUCCUGAUGCUGGAUAUCCUUGGUAUCCAAUUAACCCUCUACCAGCAACCUGGUACUAUGCAUGUCACAUUCAUCCACACCAGAAAUGGUUGAUCAGGCUGCUGAUCUCUGUAAGCAGAAAAUGUGACCCUAACUGGCUGCUGUCAGUAGUGUACGAGUGUGUGACUUAUAUACCAUUUAUAGAGGAUGAAGAAGUACCUAACUCUACACUUCAGCGCAUGUUGGAUUUAUGUCUUGAGCUUGGUUUUUCGAACAAUUUUAUCAUGGCAAGGAUUUGGAGGAAAUUCAGGAAACCAGCACUGGCUGGAGGAAGACAGCAAAACCAACAAGAAGAAACAUCUGAUAUUUAUCUAACUGUUCCUGAAGCACUUACACCACCUUCACUUUUAAAGUUGUGCCGUAUUGUAGUUGUCAGACAUUACUGUCCAUCAGUCCUAAGGAAAUACAAAUUACCUAGAGCCGUAAAUGAUUUCCUGAACUAUAGGUCUUGAUGUCGAGUACUCUUAUGAAUAUAUUUUUAUAUACAGUAAAAAUUAAUAUUCUCUUUUACACUUUUUUAUUAUUAAUAAAUUUGUUCGUAUCAUUGCAUUUUGGUAUUCAUUAAGGACAUUUAAAGAGAAACAGUCAUAAUGUGUGACUGUCCAUUUUGAAUAAUAAAGUUGCUGAAUGAAAAGCUCUAGGACACUAUCAUCCUUUUGGUUCAGAUGUAUUUAUUAUUCUGUGUCCAAAGGAAUAAAUUGUUUUACUUCUUGACAAGAAUACUGAACAUCAAUAUAGAGGUUGUUCAUCACCAGUUGUCCAAAAUGUGUGAUACAAUGUGUCUUGGGAUGACAUGAUCCCAUUAUCAGGUUCUAUAAAAAAAGGAAAACACAAACAAUUACAUCACAUUAUUAUGUGUAUUAGCAGACUCUUGACAAUAGUGUAUGCCCAUCUCAAGGCAGCCUUCUUACAAUGUUUCAAGAACCAGUUUUAAAUGAUGACUCUAAAUACAUACUGCAACACCUUAUGUAUUACUUCUGUAGCAUGCAUGGCAGCAUUUAAAUAAUAAUUCCUCCCAUGCUCCAUACAUGAAUGUAAUGGAGAAAAAAACACUAGAAUCGAUACAAUGGGGUGUACCAUUUACACUUCUGUGGUUUGCAGAGUAUAGACGUAGAUGUAGGUGUAUGUAAUUGAACUCUUUUAGUAAGUGAAGAUCUUCAGAGACAGAUUUUAAGAAAAAUUGAAAAAUGACAUUGUUUAUACAAACAUGUAUUGACAGCAUUUUAAUUACAGACUGUCAGCUUCAAUUUGCUUUGUUCUGUUAAAUCAAAUUUUAACUAUACUGUAUCGCCCAUUAUUUUAUACAGUGCAUUCAAUAUA